AUGGGGUGUUGGCGGUGGGGGGCGCGCCGCGAGGAGCUGGGGAACGGGCAGGAGCUGCGCUUGCGGCCGAGCCUCCCGCUUCUCGGCUUCCCGGCGCAGGAAGGGCGAAUGCCCCGAGCUCCCCCGGCGCUCAGCCCCGCGCGCCGCCGCCAGUACCGCCGGCUCCGGGCCAUGGACGCCCCGGCCCCCGCCGCCCCGGGCCCGGGGAGGAAGGAGCUGAAGAUCGUGAUCGUGGGCGACGGCGGCUGCGGCAAGACCUCGCUGCUCAUGGUGUACAGCCAGGGCUCCUUCCCCGAGCGCUACGCCCCAUCCGUGUUCGAGAAGUACACGGCCAGCGUCACGGUGGGCAACAAGGAGGUGAUCCUGAACCUCUACGACACGGCCGGGCAGGAAGACUACGACCGGCUGCGGCCCCUGUCCUACCAGAACACCCACCUGGUGCUCAUCUGCUACGACGUCAUGAACCCCACCAGCUACGACAACGUCCUCAUCAAGUGGUUCCCCGAGGUCACGCACUUCUGCCGGGGGACCCCCAUGGUGCUCAUUGGCUGCAAGACGGACCUGAGGAAGGACAAGGAGCAGCUGCGGAAGCUGCGGGCGGCCCACCUGGAGCCCAUCACCUACACGCAGGGCCUGAGCACCUGCCAGCAGAUGCAGGCCGCCCUCUACCUGGAAUGUUCCGCCAAGUUCCGGGAGAACGUGGAGGACGUCUUCCGAGAGGCGGCCAAGGUGGCCCUCAGCGCCCUGAAGAAGGCGCAGCGGCAGAAACGGCCCCGGCGCUGCCUGCUGCUCUGAGCCCCUCCCCGGGGCCCUCGGCCCUCAGGACAGCACUGACAGCCCGGCCCCGCCUGCUCCCGGGUCCUGCCGGCCCCGGCUCACCGAGGGCACUUGGAGUUGUGUCUGGAGCCUGUGGCAAGACCCUGUGGAUGGCCCGGAACUUUCUCCUUUCCCAGCUGGGACUGUGACUGGGAGCUCGGAGCUGGGGCGUGCGUGGUGGGGGCGAGCGUGCUGGACUCCGUCCCUCGGCGCCCGGAACGGGCAUUGGUCCCAGGACGCAGGCGUGCCCUCUGCACUCUCCCCCCGGCCACACGUGUCCCCCUUCACACACCCAGUAGGGCCUCAAAGCCUGAGCUCCAAACAGCCAGCUGCACUGGUCCGGGGGCGGCUGCGGGUCUGGCGUGCCUCGCGGCCCUGGGCUGGGGAGAUAGGCAGGGCCGCAUCCUCCCGCCUGCUUCCUGCCCGGAGCGCCGGGCCCGGCCGGGCCCAGGCCUAUCAGGAGAACGCAGCCCCGGACACGGACACGGGAAUUGCAUCCCCCCACCCCCCCACGCUGAGGGCUUCAGCAGCAGCCUCUGGCCUGGCCAACAUCUUCCCAGAUCUGGGAGCACAUGACCAGGGGAGAAGACUCAGAAAGCAGAGCAAACACCGUGGACCACCCGUCCGACCCCUGCUCGGGGUCUCCUCACCCACAGCCCCCACUGCCAGAAGUGCCAGGUGAAGUGCCAGCAGCUCCUGCUCUGGGGCAGGCCAGUCCUGAGGCCGGGCCCCUGUCUGCAGGACAGCCCAGCCCAAGGGGAGUCCUCUAGCGCCCCCUGCCCCUCACAGCCACCACGGCUGCCGGGAUGGCCUCCUUCAAGAUCGGACUUGACUGACCGACCCUCCAGCCGCAGAUUCACGGAACUUCCUUCUGGAAGACCCAGGAAUUUUUUUUUAAAGUGCCCCAGGGGAUUCCAAUGCCAGAGACUGACAGCUGCUUGGUUCUGAGCUCAGUCUGGAGCCAGCGCUCCCGAAGGUGGGGUGAUGGCUUCAGGUGGCCCCUGCUCCCCAGGCACCACCUGACCCGUGUCCCGUCCCAGUGCUGUGGCCACCAAGCCGAGCUUCUCCGAAGUCACCUGCCGGGGAAAGACCUCUAAGCCAGCCCACCGCACCCACCUGGCUUCCCCGAGGCCCCGCCACGGGGACUCACCAGGCCCUCUGGUUCCAGCAGAGUCCAGGGCCUUGCAGACAAAGGAGGGUCUAGAACGGAGGUCAGCAAACGACGGCCUGUGAGCCCAAUCCGGCCGCUGUGUGUUUUUGUAAAUAAAGUUUUAUUGGAACA